AUGAAGCUGCAGGCGGUGAUGGAGAACCUGCAGCGGCAGCAGCGUGCGCGGCUGCAGCAGGCGCUGGAAGCGCGGCAGCAGGAGCAGCAGCCGCCGCGCUCCACGUCCCCCCCGGCGCAGCCCCCGGGGCAGCCCCCUGCCAGCACCCCGGCCCGGGGCCGCGGGCAGGAUCCAGCCCCGGCGCCCUCGGAGGAGGGAGCGGAGCCUGAGAGCGCGCACAUCCAGCGGGCACAGAUGGCCGCCCUGGCUGCCAUGCGGGCGGCCGCCGCUGGCCUCAGCCACUCGCCCAGCCCAGGGCUGUCGGAUGAAAGCCAGGCUUCUGAGGAUGAGGAGGAGGAGGAGCGCGGUGAAGAGGAGGAAGAUGGCGGUGGGUACCAGCAGGAGAUGGGCUCCGAGGAGGAGGACCUAAAGGGCAAAUGGGAUGAAGAUGACUUUGAAGAGGACCUGGGUGAGGAGGAAGAGGAAGAAGAAGAGGAGGAGGAAGAGGAAGACUAUGAGGAAGAAGAAGACAUGGGAGAAGAAGGGCUCAGCUCAGCAGAGGCAGUGCGGGCAGGUGCGGGAUCCCUGCUGCUCCGCAAGCCCCCAGCACCCCAGCACUACCGGGGGGAGCCACCACGGUUGCCAGGGGGACAGGAGCGGCUGCCCUCUGGCUUGGGCCAUGCUCAGCCCCCACCACCGGCGCCUGACCACGGCGACUGGACCUACGAAGAGCAGUUCAAGCAGCUGUACGAGCUGGAUGGUGACCCCAGGAGGAAAGAGUUCCUGGACGACCUCUUCAGCUUCAUGCAGAAGCGAGGGACCCCCGUGAACCGGAUCCCCAUCAUGGCCAAGCAGGUGCUGGACCUGUACAUGCUGUACACGCUGGUGACCGAGAAGGGGGGUCUGGUGGAGGUCAUCAACAAGAAGCUGUGGCGGGAGAUCACCAAGGGGCUGAGCCUGCCCACCUCCAUCACCAGCGCGGCCUUCACCCUGCGCACCCAGUACAUGAAGUACCUGUACCCCUACGAGUGUGAGAAGCGUGGGCUGAGCAACCCCAACGAGCUGCAGGCAGCCAUCGACAGCAACCGGCGGGAGGGCCGGCGGCAGGGCUUUGGUGGCUCCCUCUUUGCCUACUCGCCCGGUGGCACCCACGGCCUCCUCUCCUCGCCCAAGCUGCCAGUGCCGGCGCUGGGGCUGGCGUCUGCCACCAACGGCGGGGCCAUCGCACCAGGCCAGAAGAUCAAGAAAGAGGAGGACACUCCCAUCCCCAUCUCCAUGCCCAGCCGGCUCCCGGUCUCGCUGGCCGGGCACCCCGUGGUGGCCGCGCAGGCAGCCGCGGUGCAGGUGGCAGCAGCCGCCCAGGCCGCGGCGCUGGAGCAACUGCGGGAGAAGCUGGAAUCGGGAGAGCCCCCGGAGAAGAAGCUGGCACUGGUGACAGACGAGCAGCAGCGGCUGAUGCAGCGGGCACUGCAGCAGAACCUCCUGGCCAUGACGGCCCAGCUGCCCAUGAGCAUCCGCAUCAACAGCCAGGGCACGCGCUCGCCAGAGAACCGCCCGGACGCCGCUGCCGCCAGCAGCAACGGCACCAACAGCAUCAGCAUGUCCGUGGAGAUCAACGGGAUCGUCUACACAGGUGUGCUGUUCGCCCAGACGCCUGGCCCUUCCUCCUCCUCUUCCUCCUCCUCCUCCUCUGCCUACAGCAAAGGCAACGGCGGCAGCAGCCGGAGCAGCGGCAGCAGCGGGGUGGGGAGCGGUGGUGGUGGCACUGGGAACGUGCCCCCCGCCCCGGCCAGCCUGGCUGUGCCCCCCAGCUCUACCUCCAACAGCGCUUCGCCUUAACGCCCUGGAGCCUCGGGCCCCUCGCGGCACCGGCGGCCGUGGGGGGACGGAGUCGCGCCGGGGCUCGCCGGGGUCUUGCCAGGGUCUCUCUGGGGUCUCAACAGGAUUUCACCGGGAUCUCACCAGGGUUUCAUUGAGAUCUCGCCUGGGUCUCACUGCGGUCUCAUCUCGCCCGAGGUCUUACCAGGGUUUCUCCGGGGUCUCAUCAGGGUCUCGAUGGACUCUGCCCUUGUUCUCGUGUUGUUGGAUUUUCCUUUUCCAGGCAGAAAAGCUUUAGCCCGGGGGGGUUUUGCCGGAGCCGCCGGCUGUCCGGCUGCGCCGCUCCGGGACCGUUUACCUCACUCACAUCACACUUUGCACUGUACAUUUAUUAUUAUUAUUAUUAUAAUUAUUAUUAUUUUUUAACUCGUGUUACCUCCAGACAGACGCACGGACGCCUGCUGACGCGAGCUCUAGCGAAACCCCCCCGGAAUUCUAAAGGAAAAAAAAAAAAAACCAAAAAUCCUAAAAAAAAAUUGGAAAUAGGGAGAUAUUUUAUUCAUUUCCAUCCUUUUCCCUCCUUUGUUUUGGGAACUCCACUCUCUGCAGGAUUUUAAGAGGUUGUUUUUGAUUGUUUUGUUGUAAAUAGCUUCUAUUUUAUUCUCUUAAAAAAAAAAAGAAUCAAACUUUUAACAUGCAAAUGAUAUAUAUUAGUCUUCAUCAGGGAAAAUGGGAGCUUGGAAAAAAGUUGGAAUCUCCUUUCUCCUCUCCUUAUCGGUGGUUGGGUCCAGCUCUGCUCCUUCCCCCACCGACAAAUCCUAAUUAUUAUUCCUCCCCCUGCAUAAAACUACUGUUUAAAGCCACUUUGGGCUUAUUUCCUCCAAAAAACAAGCAGGAUCCAGAGGAUGGGGAUGCUCGGAGCUGCAGGACGCUCCGGAGCUCACGGAGAAGCCGAAGGACCUGAGGAUUUAUUUUAAGCCUCACAAUCUCAAUAAUUUUUUUUUUUUUUUUUUUACUAUUCCCCUCCCACCCCCAAAAAAUAAAUUCACCCACAUCUGCGUGAGACACAAUCCAACCUGAUACCGAAACCCCCUCACCCCCCUCGGUAUCUCCGUUCUCAGGUUCCCACCUGGAGCACAGGGUUUUUCCCCCUUCCCCAGGUGCCCCCGGGGGAUUGGGGGGGGUCCAGGCUGGUGGGACCUCCCCCCCCCACCUUUAUUUUUAAUUUCACUCGGGGAAGUGGCGAUCUCAGGGGAUUUGGGGUUUUUCCAGCUGUUUUAUUUGUUGUUUUCAGCAGGGUGGUUUUUUAUUUUUCCGUGCUGGAAUCCCCUUGGUGGCUCCGUGGGGGGGUCUUGGUGGCUCCAUGGACCCUUUUUGGGGGGGCCUGGGAGGGUCCGUCCAGCUCCUGCUGCUGUUGGGGUCCAGCCCAGCUCUCCUUAAGGAGAAAUUCCAAGGGGGAAUUUUCAUGCCCAGGGCAGGCUUAGAUUUUUCUUAGUGAUUUUUUUUUUUUUUUGCAUUGUACAGUCACUAUUUUGGGUUGUUUUGGGGUUUUUUUCAAUUAUUUUC